AUGCUGCCCAAGCUCCUCCUGAUCGCUCUUGCAGGGGCCACUUCUGUGCUCGCAGAGGGCUUCAACGUGACCAUCGUCUACGUCCAGCCGCCCGGAGGAUGCACUGCUGCCAACGAGACCAGCUGCGCCCCCACCGCCCCGGAGUCGCCCUCCGCCCCCGAGCCUCUCCAGCCCGGCCCCAUCACCACGCUCCCGCCGGCAACCCACUGGAGCACCUGCACCAAGUGCAUCGGCAACCUCGUGCCCAGGAAGCCCGAGACGCCUUGUCCUCUGUACUAUGGAAACGCAGAUCCAUGCAAGGAGGGCUACUUUGGCACCCUGACCUACUUCUUCAAGGCGCCCGUCGUGGUGCUCGACCACUAUGCCUCGGUCACGGUCCGGUACGACGCCGGCUCGGGCUCGCUCAACGUCGGCUUCCAGAGCGGCGAGGCCUACGCCAAGGCGGCGGGCUCCUGGACCGCGGGCGUCGUCCUCGUCGCCAGCGUGCCCGGCUGCGGCUCCGCGACCGACAGGUGCUACUUUAGCGUCGCUGGCAUCGAGACCUCGGACGCGAGUCUCAGCAUCGUCGCCGUGGGCAAGGCGAGCGAUCCGGAGAAGCUGAUCGACAGGGCCGAGACGGAAUGGGGCUGGUGGGUUCCCCGGCCGGGAAGCCCGCUGUGUUUUCCGUCUGGUGUUGGUCCGGGGUCUGGUUCGAAUGGGCCGGGUGGAUCGUCCGGACCUGGUUCUGGGACGGGGUCUGGCUCUGGCUCUGGCUCUGGCUCUGGCUCUGGCAAUAGCAACGCCAACGGCAACACCAACGGCAACGGCACCUACACCAACAGCACGCAGCAGAACAGCUUCGGCAAUGACCGCACCCGCUGCGUCGGCCCCGUCGACACGGUCCACGGCUUACCCACGGCGUGCUUCGGCCCGUACUUUGACGACGACCUGGACGACCAGAUGGGGUACAGCGACAUCGACACGCUGGACGAGUUUGACCGGUUCAUCGACGAGCUGGCGCCGGGCGACGACGACAACGCGCUCCAGCGCCGGUGGUUCAUCAAGAGCAUCUUCAGCAAGAUCAUCCCCAAGCCCAUCCUCAACGUGGCCAAGGCCAUCAUCGCCCCGAUCCAGAAGCUGACCACCAUCUCGGGCUCCAUCAGCAAGGACCUGUCCUUCAAGGUGCCCGACGCCGGGAGCGACAACGCCGACGCCAAGCGCCUCCGGGACCCGAGCCUCAAGCAGACGCGAUCCCCCUGGGGCGACGCCGUGCUCCUCAGGUCCUUUGGGACGGGCACAGGCAGCGGCAGCAGCAGCAGCAGCAGCAGCAGCGCGCAGUCCCCCCAGGAUCCCGCCGGCUACCUCAACGUCUACUGCGUGGGGUGCGGCGUGGACGGCCGGGCGACGCUGACGGGGCGGGCGGCCUUCACGCCCGUCGGCGGCUUCACGCAGGGCGAGGUGGAGAUGCGCAUGGACCUCAACGUGGUGUUCAAGUUGGGGGUCGACGCCAAGAUCAGGUACCAGCGCGACUUUGAGAGCGCGCUGCUGGACGUGGGGCUGCCGGGCCUCUCGUACGGCAUCGUCACCGUCGGCCCGCGCGUCAGCCUCGGGUCCCGCGUCUCGCUGCUGGCCGCCGCCGAGGGCAAGCUGCUCGCCGGCGCCGAGAUGGGCAUCACCAACGCCCUGGCCAGGCUCGACUUUGUGAACCCGUCCGCCUCCCGGACCGAGGGCUGGGAGCCCUACUUCAAGCCCGUGCUCGAGGCCGAGGGCCGCAUCAUGCUGUCCGCCGAGCUGGGCCUGCCCGUCAGCGUCAAGUGCGGGCUCAAGAUCGGCGGCUUCGACAAGAGCGUCGGCCUGACCGACGAGCCGUCCAUCAAGGCCACCGCCCAGGCCGCCGCCAGCAUCGGCCAGAGCAGCGCCGCCGGCUUCGGCGCCGGCUUCACCUCGACUGACGGCUGCACCGGCAUCGCCACGCAGAUCAGCUGGCGCAACAGGAUCUACGUCGAUCUCCUCGGCUCCAAGAAGGAUUUGUUUGAUACCAAGGACAAGGUCCUGAAGCGGGGAUGCAUUGCCCUUCCCGGCAGGGAGAAUCCUGCACCGUCGUCCUCGGCCGCCAACCCAACAAGCACUGACAAAGACGAGGCCACGCCGGCGACCACCGCAUCCUCUUCGACCUCCUCGACGCAGCCCAGCGACGAGCCAGACGACGAGCAAGACCAAGCAGCCGAGAACGACAACAACAACAACGACGACGACGACAACUCACCCCCCUCCACGCCACGCCUCACCAAACGACAAACCACCCCCGCAGCGGCCGCCGUCAUCCAAGACCUGACCAGCCAGGUCAAAGGCGGCAGCACGACGCUCAGCUACGCGAGCACCCCCGUCCCGGCGAACCCGUACAACCGCACCGACGGCUUCGAGCUGUCGCUGAUGGUGGACCCGGGCGCGGAGACGGCGCUGGUGGCCUGCGGCGACGGCAACCUGUACCUGGCGGCCGUGGACGCCGUGGCCGGCAUGACCUUCUGCACGGAGCUGUUCGAGAUCUACCGCGACCUGGUGGUGGGCGACGGGUCCGGCCGCGUCCUGCACUACUACAACGACACCAUGGCGCGGGUGGGCGCGAGCCGCCUGCGCGCGUCCGACGGCUUCGAGCUGCCGGCCCGGGCGGUGCCUGUCGUCAUGGUGGCGUUUGAGGGCGAGGCCGGGACGACGACGACGACGGCUGUGGACGGCAGCAGCAGCAGCAGCAGCAGCAACAGCAGCAGCAACUCGACCACGGCGGCAGCGGCAGUUGGCCGUCGCCAGGAACAACAGCAAGACACCAACAACAACAACAACAACACCAACACCAACAACGACGACGACGACGACUUCCGCUUCUACGCCGUCGACCCCGCCAUGGACCUGUCGUACCCGGCCGUCUGCACAUACGCCGACGGCAGCAUGCCGCGCGUCUUCCUGGUCCGCGACCCCGUCGCUGGUCUCGUCGUCCUGGCCUCCGCCGCCGUCGAGCACUCCAUCACCGGCGGCAAAGUCCAGGACUGCUUCCUCAUGCCCGUCGUCGAGGGCAAGUACGACGAGGACAAGGGAGGAUACGCCGGCUACGGAAGGACCAACGAGACCAGCUUUGAGUAUGACGAAGCUUGA